AUGGCUUCCCAUCAUGACGCGAUCGAUUGCAGCUUCGACCAAGGAAGCAGUGACGACAUCAAUCCACCACCCGACAAGAGCACCGCCAGUGAGGAGAUCAGUAUGGCCACGGAUACGCACACCACACAUGCCGAGCCCAUAUACCCCGCUGGCGACCUCUUCGUCAAUUUACUCAGUCAUGAAAAUUCAGCCAUAGCUGGCUUUCAGCUGUCUUCAAAAGUCUGCAGUGUGGCCUCGAAGACUAUUGCCACAUUGAUCGAUACCACCUGCGGCACCCAGGACGGACGCAAGGUGGCCAGACUCUACGACUGUGUAAACCUUGAGGUGGAUGCCUUUCGAUGCAUCUUCUCCGUCUUGCACUACACGAACACUAACACCUAUCGGCAUCUUCCAGCCAAGGACCUCUUGCAAGUUGCCAAAGUCAGUGCAAUCUUGGACUGUGGCAAGGCACUCGCACCGUGGAUAUGUCUGUGGUGUGACUCGAUACGCCAGGAAAUAGCCGGCCACGACCAACCGAAGACGGAGGAGCUGGGCAUGCUGUUGAGUUCGGCAAUCACCUUCAAGGCGGAAGAGGAGGUUGCCAAGUUGGUGGCAUUUGCUUCCCAUCACCUUCCCAUGAAUUUCCUCGAAAUGUGGGCGAGAAGCCAAGAUCUCAAGGAUUUACACAUGAACAAAUCUCUUAAUGGAUUGCACUUGAAUGUGGCGAAGUUGUUCGCUUGCACCUUCGAGCUUAUCCACUCCAUUGAUGGCGUCUUGAGUAGCCGAAGCCAAGUGUACACCACCGGCCGCAAGCUGUGUCCAAGUUGCGGCCGACGGCAUCCCAGCACUGCCAAAAAGUGUCACCCAUGCCACGAGAUUAUCCUUUGGUCGGAACUCUGCACCAAGCAGCAUCGUAUUGGCGAUUAUCUCAGGAUUCUUACUGACAAAAGGCUGUGGCCCCUUAACGUCCUUUUCAAGGAUGACACAUCGAUUUCGCAGAUUGUGCAGCGGGUCACUAGCAUGUCACUCAAUAUCUCGCAUGCUUGCGGAGGCGGAACGAAAUGUCCCCUGCUUGUCCACAUCAACAGCCUAUUGCCCAAAGUCAAGCACGCCGUGGACGGGGCCGUCCCAGGCGUAGAGCAAGGAGGGAAAGGCAAAGUUCAAGGGGAUUGCGGUGGAGACAAUGGUGGUGAUGCCGCCGGAAGCAGCAACAACAAUGUUGCUAACUGA